GUUUGUUUGGAUCACAUCUGAAGCAAAGGGCGGAUACAGUAUUAAUAUAACACCAUUUGUGUCAACACUUGUCUCAUCACUCAAGAGCUGAAGAUAUGAUUCUUCUGGAGAUCAACAAUCGUGUUGUCGAAGAUGUUCUUCGCCUUAAGAUACAGGAAGUCGAAUCCGGCAAUAAGUUAGAGUCGGUGGACGUGACGGUCGCCGACUUCGAUGGCGUUCUCUUCCAUAUAUCAAACCUGAAUGGAGACAAAGCGAAGAUACGGAUCAGUAUAUCACUCAAGUUCUACAAAGAGCUGCAACUCUACGGCGCCGAUGAUCUCCUUCGCCGAGAAUACGGUUCACUACUUAUGACUCCUCCCGAAGAAGGCUAUAAUGUGUCGCUUCUCUUCGAUCUGAAGAAUUUACCGCAAGAUUACGAACAACUGAUCCAAAAGGCGGGUCUUUUGAAGCGUAAUUGUUUCGCUUCCGUCUUCGAGAAGUACUUCGAGUUCCAGGAAAAGGGAGCCGAAGGCCAGAAACGGGCUGUCAUUCACUACAGGGAUGAGGAGACGAUGUAUGUCGAGGCGAAACCCGAUAGGAUGACAGUUGUCUUCUCGACCAUCUUCAAGGACGAGGACGACAUCAUAAUCGGCAAAGUGUUUAUGCAAGAGUUCAAAGAGGGGCGGAAGGCAUCACAAACCGCACCGCAGGUUCUCUUCUCGCAUAGAGAGCCGCCGAUGGAGUUGCAGAACACUGAGGCCCGAGUGGGCGAUAACAUCGGUUACAUCACUUUCGUGCUGUUCCCGCGACACACCAACAAGAACUCCAGAGACAACACAAUCAAUUUGAUCCACACUUUUCGAGAUUAUCUUCAUUACCACAUCAAGUGCUCCAAAGCCUACAUUCACUCCAGAAUGAGAGCCAAGACAUCGGACUUCUUGAAGAUCCUGAACAGAGCCCGACCUGAGAAACAGAACACCGAAAAGAGAACCAUUACGUGA